UCGCUUUUAGGCACACGAACGCGCACAAGCACGCAGUACGGUGGAAAAUGCAGGUUACAUUGCCAGCUUGGUGGCCAAAGCGCGUAAACUACGUUGCAUUUGAUUGGUGGAUCGGCAGCUUGUGCGCGCUUUGUAAAGCUGCUCUAGCAGGUCCGCGUGGCAGCGGUAUAUAGAGCGGGCUGGCAGCUUUUGGCGUUAGCACUUGCCUGCGUCGUUCGUCGAUAGCACUAAGAGCAAUCAUGUCUGGUCGUGGUAAAGGUGGAAAGGGUUUGGGCAAAGGAGGCGCCAAGCGUCACCGCAAAGUUCUGCGUGACAACAUCCAGGGUAUCACCAAGCCUGCCAUUCGUCGUCUUGCACGCCGUGGUGGUGUCAAACGUAUUUCUGGUCUCAUCUACGAGGAAACUCGUGGUGUCCUCAAGGUCUUCCUGGAGAAUGUCAUCCGUGACGCCGUCACCUACACCGAGCAUGCCAAGAGAAAGACCGUCACCGCCAUGGAUGUCGUCUACGCCUUGAAACGCCAGGGCCGCACUCUGUACGGCUUUGGUGGAACACACAAGACAUUUGCAAUGGCACGUACCAAGCAAACCGCUCGUAAAUCCACCGGAGGCAAGGCGCCUCGCAAACAGCUGGCCACCAAGGCCGCCCGCAAAAGCGCCCCAGCUACCGGAGGUGUGAAGAAGCCCCAUCGUUACAGGCCAGGCACUGUCGCUCUUCGUGAAAUUCGUCGUUACCAGAAGAGCACGGAGCUGCUGAUCCGCAAACUGCCCUUCCAGCGUCUGGUGCGCGAGAUUGCACAGGACUUCAAGACCGAUCUGCGUUUCCAGAGCUCUGCCGUCAUGGCUCUGCAGGAGGCUAGCGAGGCUUACCUGGUGGGUCUGUUUGAGGACACCAACCUGUGCGCCAUUCACGCCAAGCGUGUCACCAUCAUGCCCAAGGACAUCCAGCUGGCCCGCCGUAUCCGCGGUGAGCGCGCAUAAACCAACGGCUGCUGCUGCUGCUACUGUUGCUACUGUGCGUUAGCCAACUCACACACACGUCAACACCAAACUCCUCUAGGCUCUUUUCAGAGCCACCCACGUAUUUCAGACGAGUCGUCAACUUCUCUCUCACGCCAAGUUUGCUAUUUUUUGUUUACUUGUACGAGGUUUGUGUUCCUUACUUGUGGUGUAUCAGUGUUGUAUGUAUCAUGUGUGUGUGUGUGCGCACGUUUCGUUUGCUUUCAGCGUCUGCUGGUUAAGUAGCAAUGUUUACAACACCGCUGUUAACUAAUCAUUGAUGGGCAAAUCAUGAAGAAAGAGAAGGGAAUGUGUGCUAGGGAGAGAUCAGACAAACAACUGGCUAUAGCUUAGGUGUGGGGCUACUAAGUAAAGUAGCUAACGAAAGGAGUGUUGCUGAUAAACGUUGUUGAAUAAUAACAAUAAUGUCGUAAUCUAUAUGGAUAUAUAGAAAGAGAGAGCAUACCCACGGUCGUAAGGAGCGGUCUCUUAAUUAGCGCUCGAGACUUAUCUUGACAAGAUACAAAGGAAGGGAAGGAUAAACAACAGAAGACGCAAAGAGAAAUCAUGUUACGUGGUGAUAGCGGGUUGACAGUGCCUACAGACCUUCAAUGAAGGGGGCACAGAGGGGGGGGGGGGGCUAUGUUGUUGAUUGCGGGAAGCACACUACUUGAAAUUGAGGGAGGUUGCGCGUGUGACCUUUCGGGUAAUGCAGCGCGAAGACUUGCAAAGACGUCACUAACAACGAAAGGAGGAGGAAGUAGCCAAGCAAUAAUUGAACACAAAAGAAGUGGUAAAAUAGACACACUAACAAACAAACAAACAAACAAACACACA